AUUCUUCCAAGGCUUUUCACAUCAGUGCCAAGGGGAUAAAGUAAGAGAGAAGAGAACACCUAAAGCAAUCGACCCUAUAAAUUCUCCUUGCCUAUCCCUGCUAUCCUAUACCAAAACAAUUAACUCACACAUUUGCCUUCCAUUUGAUCACCAUGAGCAUCUCUGUGGACAGGCUCUCCCAGGAGCUGGUCAUCCCCUCCGAGCCCACUCCCACCGGCAUCCUCCGCCUCUCGUGGCUCGACCGAUACCCGACGCAGCGAGCCCUCAUCGAGUCACUGCAUGUGUUCAAGGAAGGGCAGGAGCCGGCGAUGGUCAUCAAGCGGGCGCUGUCCAGGGCAUUGGUGCCCUACUACCCUCUCGCCGGCCGGCUGGUGGUGUCGGACCAGGGGGAGGUCCAGGUGUCAUGUACCGGAGAUGGAGUCUGGUUCGUGGAGGCAUCCGCCGACUGCAGCCUGGAGGAUGUGGAUUAUUUGGAACAUCCUUUGAUUAUAUCCAAGGAUGAGCUCCUGCCUCAUCCCGAGCCAAAACUAGACCCAUCUCAAGAAGAGGAAUUGCUUUUGCUCGUUCAGGUCACAGAGUUCACUUGCGGUGGUUUUGUGGUCGGCCUCAGAUUUAGUCAUGCCAUCGCCGACGGCCCAGGAGCAGCACAAUUCGUGGCAGCAGUUGCAGACUUCGCCAGAGGCCUCACACGGCCGACCAUCGAGCCGGUGUGGAGCAGGGAUGCCAUCCCUGAGCCACCAAAAUUCAAGUCAGCACCUCCACCGGCCCCCUCUGACGUCCACCUCCAGUGUCUCGUAAUGGAUGUCUCUUUGGAGUACAUCAACCAUCUCAAGAGCCAAUUUAUGGAGCAAACAGGCCAGCGAUGCUCCACUUUCGAGGUCCUAAUUGCAAAGGCUUGGCAGAGCCGGGCCCAGGCGAUUAGGUUCGAGCCCGAGACUGAUGUUCAUCUUUAUUUCGCCAUGAGUUCUCGCCCAUUGCUGCACCAAAUGUUGCCCCCCGAAGGGGGUUUUGGAAAUUGCUACUACAUCAUGAAAGUCACCACAACGAGUGGGAAAAUCAUGCAGUCUCCCAUUAUGGAGAUCGUGAAGCUGAUUAAAGAUGCUAAGAAGAAGCUGCCUGUAGAAUUUUCAAAGUGGGCUAAGGGAGAGCUGAAGGAGGACCCAUAUAAGUUGACGACGGCCUAUGAUUCAUUGUUGGUUUCAGACUGGACUCAUUUGGGGUUCUCCGAGGUGAACUAUGGAUGGGGAAAACCAGUGCAUGUUGUCCCAUUGACGAAUUCUGAUAGUAUAGCUACGUGCAUCCUUAUCAAGCCAUCUGCCACCAAGCAUGGUGCCCGUUUGAUGACACAGUGUGUUACGAAGGAACACUUGAUGGCAUUCCAUGAUGGAAUGAUGAACCUACCCUGAAGCCUCUCUUUUUUCUUUUUCUUUUUUUUAAUUUUAUAAUUAUUGUUUUUCUUUUUUCUUUGAAAGAAAGGGGCAAAAGCUUGCUCGUCUAUUAAAUAUAUGAUUCAAAUGUUUGAUUUGAUUUUAAUUACUGCAAAGUACUUUAAUUUGGUGGCGUUUGCCAUGUCCUUCAGCUAAUUAAGUCCGAAUUCUCUUGUAUGUCACUCUCUCUUUGCUGGCACUAGGUCUGAAAAAAAAAAUGCCAGUAUAUAUAUUGAAGACCAUAUAUCAAUGUCAUUGCGUCGAUGACCUUUCAAAAAA